AUGACGAGUCGGAGUGGAAACAACUCCAAGCGGGACCACCGCCCUGUCGCCGGUCAUUUCGCGGCCGAGGGUGAGGCGGUGGAGCAAGAGCUGCUCUCCAGCAUUUUGGAAGAGGAAAUUACGGCCACUUUGAGCGGCGCAAGUGCAAUUGAUCCGGAUAAUGUUGACAGACCAAUCUUCGCUCCUCCGGUGGAUCCCCGACGAUCCUACUCGGCUGAUGACCCAGAGGCUCUCGCG